AUGGCAACACUAUCGCCUCAAGACAUUAGAACACUGGAACACACCCGCCAGCGCCUUGCUCAGCUUACAAAAUCCCUAGAUUCUUUGCAAAAACAGAUUCACACCAUAGAACCUCUUCCAUCAUGGUCCUCCCUCCACUCGCUUUCCCAAAUCAUAUCCCAAAACCUCGCCUCUGUCUCCGCCCACCUGACCACACACGCCCCGCUCCUUUCGUCCCUGGUCGCCUACCCCUUGCCACUAUACCCCGGCCGAGAACAGGAGCCCGUUCUUAAUCAACUACUACGCAAGAAACUGGAGCCACAUGUUGAAGAUUGGGUUGAAGAAGGUCGUCUAGCUGGAGAGGAGGUGGCUAAUUGGGAUGGUGGUAGGGGAAGGGCCGAGAUCACAGGAUUGUGGGAAUGGGCGGGCAUAGCGGCGAAUGAGCAAGCGCGGAAGCACGAGUGGGGCGGAGACUAUACCGUUGAGGAGAUCGAAGGUGGAAUUGAGAAUGUGGUUACGGGGUUGAGGGACGAGGAGAGUGACGAGGAAGAGGGUGAGGAGGGAGACGAGGAAGGCGUUUGGUCGGCGGAAGUGGAGGGUCACGAGAACAAGAAGACUGAAGAAGGAGGAGGAGGAGGGGAAAGCCGCUAUCGAUGGAUGAUAUGCUGCGGUUUUUGGUGA